UACACAUUUGCCUGAAAAACUAACAUUCACCCACUCACACUAUUAGCACUUUCUUCCCCCAAGAAAAAAAAACAGAACGACUCUGUUUCUCACUUCUUCGAAACUCCACAUCUACACAAAUAAAAUCAGAGAGCGGAAGAGAGAAGAGCCGAGAGAGUAGAGAUGACGCGAAAAUAUUUUCAGAGAGAGGUGUUGCCGGUGACGGCGCUGGUAAUAAUGGAAUGUGCCAACGUGGGUUUAAACACUUUGUUCAAGGCAGCUACUUUACAAGGCAUGAGUUUCCAUGUCUUCAUCGUUUACUCUUACGGUCUUGCUGCUCUUCUUCUACUUCCUUCUCUUUUCUUCUCCUACAGAUCAAGAACGCUUCCACCGAUGAAUUUCUCAAUUCUCUACAAAGUCGUGCUUCUUGGGUUAAUUGGAUGCUGCUCAAACAUAAUGGGAUACACGGGGAUUAACUAUAGCUCUCCAACACUAGCUUCUGCAAUCAGCAACCUCACUCCUGCGUUUACCUUCUUGCUGGCCAUCCUUUUCAGGAUGGAGAGUGUAUCAUUCAAGAGAACAAGUAGUGUGGCUAAAAUGUUAGGAACCGUAGUUUCCAUUGGGGGAGCAUUUAUUGUGACUCUUUACAAUGGUCCUGUGGUGAUCGCUAUGUCACCACCAUCCAUUUCUCUACGAUCACAGUCGCCUAACCAUGAUUGGAUCAUUGGUGCGGCUUUCCUUGCCGUUGAGUACUUCAUGGUUCCGUUGUGGUACAUUGUCCAGACUCAAAUCAUGAGAGAGUAUCCAUCCGAGUUCACCGUUGUUUGCUAUUAUAGCUUUGGAGUGAGCUUUUGGACCGGGCUGGUCACGUUGUUCACUGAAGGGAGUGACUUGAGUACAUGGAAGAUAAAACCAAAUAUAGCUUUAGUAUCAAUCGUUUGCUCGGGAUUGUUUGGAUCUUGCAUAAACAAUACAAUCCACACGUGGGCGUUGCGGAUCAAGGGGCCUUUAUUCGUUGCAAUGUUCAAGCCUCUGUCCAUUGCCAUUGCCGUUGCAAUGGGCGUGAUCUUCCUCCGGGAUUCUCUUUACAUCGGCAGCUUGAUAGGGGCAACGGUAAUAACCAUGGGGUUUUACACGGUGAUGUGGGGCAAAGCCAAGGAAGUGGCCUUAGUCGAAGAUGACAACAAGGCUAAUAACGAGGAUGCUAACGAAGCUGACCUUGAUUCUCCACCAGGUUCACAGAAGGCUCCUCUCUUGGAAAGUUACAAGAACGAUGAGCAUGUAUAAGUAUCAUCAACCAGUCAAUACAUCUCUCUAUAUUUGUGUAUGAAAAUUUGAUAUGUAAAAGUCUUUUAAUUUAUUUGACGAUACAAAUGUGAUCUUUAAUUUUAGGAAUCAAGUUUCUUCUAAUCAAAA